CACCCCUAUGUGGUGACGAAGAAUUGCUGCCAGCAUCUGGUUGAAAACAUUUGGUCGCGGUUAUAAAAAUGUGAAUGUGUUUGCUAAUUAAAACAUCGCAAUAUCUGUCUUAUUGCCCGUGCAAAAGGUAAUGUAACAAUAGGCCUGCUUAGGUGGUUAAACUGUUUUGGAUGGUUCAAAGGGGCAUAGAGUUGCUGAGAUCAGCCAGGUUAUUGUUUCCAUUCGGAGAUGAAAUGCACCGUGGCUCUCUUUUCGUUUGGAUUAGCUAGCAAACCUCGGCAGCAGCUAAAUCAGGUGAGGCUGCACUCAUUCACCGCUAAAUUUCCGAUGAGUAUGACUAAAACCCACUGACCACAGCUCAUAACCCGAUGAGUAUGGGGGAUAUGAACCACAGUUACCCAAACGUAUCGGGGGUUCCUGUAUGGUCGGCAAACGGGAAGGCAGACUCUACAAAACAUGCCGCUGAUUUCCUUUCACAUUGCGAAAACGCACACGAAAAUGUUCCACAACUGGUGGUCAAAUGUAAUACAAGCCCAUGCCGAAUUGAAUUGGAGUCCAUCAGGGUUAGCGGGAUCUCCGUUGGCUCUCAUCCCGACGAGGAUUCGAUUUGCUCGGACAGUGGGUUCGGAGGCUCCCCCGCAUCACUUCUACUCAGAAAGUUGUCAAACGCCUCAUUGUCUGGGUUGUCACCCGCCUCGUCUUUUGAAGAAUACGAGGACGACCGCGGCUUCCCUGAUGAUGUUCCCCGGGGCGUCACAUGGAAGAAACCUGGAAGUACAGGGACUUUGCCUCCCCUCUCCGUGCCCCCCAAGAAGCCACAGCCCUGGGUACAAGUGGUUGGACAUGCAGGGAGCUUCCAUGCAGGGGACUAUGGGAUGCUGCUGAAGCGCUACACUGAGGGGGAGCAACAGUGCCUGCAGAGGCUGAUGGAGGACUCUUUGAGGCCCUUCGUACCAGGCUACCACGGAGUGGUGCAGCGGGCUGAACAGGACUACAACAUGAUGGAUGACCUGCUCACUCACUUCAACUCCCCCGCCAUCAUGGACUGCAAGAUUGGCACCCGGACAUACCUGGAGGAGGAGCUGACGAAGGCUCGGGAGCGUCCACAGCCUCGUCAAGACAUGUAUGAGAAGAUGGUGGACGUGGACCCAGAGGCCCCCACUGCAGAGGAGCAAGCCCUACAGGCAGUACUCAAGACCAGAUACAUGCAGUGGAGAGAGACCCUGAGUUCCACCACCACUCUGGGUUUCCGCAUCGAGGGAAUCAAGAAGGCUGAUGGUGUGUGCAACACAAACUUCAAAAGGACCAAGAGCAGAGAAGCGGUGAAGGAGGCACUGCAGGACUAUGUGGAUUGCAACGCUCUAAUUGUGAAGGGAUAUCUAAGACGACUGAAGGAGCUUCGACUGGUGUUGGAGACAUCCGACUUCUUCAGGACACACGAGGUUGUGGGCAGCUCCCUGCUUUUUGUGCAUGACAGUACAGGGAAGACUGGAGUAUGGAUGAUUGAUUUUGGGAAGACUGUUCCCCUGCCGCCUCCUCUCACCCUGGACCACCGCACCCCCUGGGAAGAGGGCAACCGAGAGGACGGGUACCUGUGGGGGCUGGACAACCUCAUCAACAUCCUGACUGACAUACUGCCUUACCAGACCUGAACCUCAAUCUGACUGACAGAACCUCAUCAAAACCAAAACACCCCCUCCCACCUGAACCAUACCGUAUCUGAAUGGCCACGUCACGUUUCACCUUAGAGGGUUGGAUAACCGAGAGACUGUUCACAAAUUGGACUUGGAUUCUGUGUUGGUGUUUUUAACCACAUCAUUAAUGACGUUAGGUACGAGUGUUUGUUUUUGUAAGAUCGCUUUAUAGAUUAAAGAAAGCAAUGAAUUGACCUACGUGACUUCAAUGAGGGCCAGCCUACUUUCUGGUAGGUUCUGAUGUGUUCUGAACCUAUCGCCCGUAAUAAAGCGUAGUGUGCUAUGAUAAACUGCUUCUAAUGGCUUUAAUGUAAUGUCAGCUGCAUUCAUGUACAGUGUGUUUAGUAAGUCAGCAGACCCCCCCCCCCCCCCCGAAUUUAACAUUUUGUUACAUUACAGCCUUAUUCUAAAAUUGAUUAUAUAAAAUAAAGAUCUAUACACACACACA